CACCACCACCACCACCACAUGCCAGCCAUGGCUUCCUCCCCCUCCACCCUGCGCGCCACCUACGCCUCGCCCUCCGACAACGACAAGGCCUUUACCCGCGAAAUCGCCCCCACCCCGGACAAGACGGCCUUCCUCGCCGCAUUGCGCACCUCCGUGACCGAGCUUCAAGCCGAGGUCAAUGCCUUCGUGACGCAGAAGAUGGACGACGACAAAAAGGCCGCCGGCAUCGACGACAAGAACGACGCCGCCCUUGAGGAAAACUACGGCGAGGAAAAUGUCCAGGAGGACUGAGGAUACCCCGCUAUACGGCGCACUCCACGUCGUUGACACCAUCCCGCUUCCGGUCCCGCCUUGUGCGUGAUUUGGGCACGCGAGACAGUAGAUGAACGCGCCUGACGGACACGAUGCGCUGCCCGCUCCCUGGUCUGCAUGCCCUACAUUGUGCCUCGGCUGGAAAUUGCCAAGGCAUUUUUCCGACUAAAUGCCAGUAAUUAAGAGCUAUGGCGAAUAUGCGUGGCAUCAUGGCAAUAAUUUUGCUGCCUCCAUUUUCUGCCAAUUCAUACAUACAUGGUCAAGGGGAGUAGCAUAGUAGCCAAGCCAACAGCUACUCUUGCGAAAAAAGAAAGAGGGGAAUG